CGCCUAUCGGCAUGACUAGUCGCGCGCGGAUUCGCGGCAAUGUUGGUCAUGUUCAAAGCCAUCCGUCAGCGAAAAGAUGUCAAGUAGCAGCAAAAGAAAAAGCGCAAGCAAAAAGCGCAGAUCGAGCUUCGUUAGAGGGCGCUCCAGGAAGUCGUUACCACCCACUGACAUAUCAUGUGCAGAGUUACACAAAAGAAUUCCCACCGACAUUCCAGAAGCCAAGAGGUUAUACCAGCUACAGGACGCCUGCUUCCAGUUCACCAUGCAGAAACUUCGGAUGGAGUGUCCAGCUAUUGAAGGAUGGGAGACGUUUGAGGAAGAAGCCACUGAUGCCUUCAAAAACACACUCGACAAUCUCGAAAGUGAAGGUGUCUUAGAUCGAGUGUGCAGCCGGAAAAACAGUUACCUGCCAAAUCCUGAGAAUGAAGCCCUGCAGCAGACCAUAGCAGAGAUCAACCAGCAUGCUGAGAGGCUGACUGCAGAGAGCGACAAGUGGGAGGAGCUACUACAGACACACACAGAGGAGGCAGAAUCCACUGAGAGAGCUCUGGCCAAUCAGCAAACAGAAGGGCCCAUCCUGAAGGCCCCGGAGGGUCUGACCAAUGAGCAGAGAAAGCUGCUUUCCGGACUACCGGACCUGCGACGGAUGAGCGGCUGGGCCCGGCAGACGUCGGACAAGCUGCAGCUGCAGGCUGGGCGCGUCCACAAGGGCAGCCUGCAGAUGAUGCAGUUUGCCCGCUAUGCCGAGGCCUACUUGGGCCAGCAGACCAAGAUACUGGCCAAGAGAUCAUUGCAGGAUGCCCUCGGGGACCCAAGGAGACUCAUCCAAGGUGCCGCAGGAGAUGCAAGCUCCUCACAAAAUACACAGUCUCCCUCCAAGUAAUCAGUAAAACAAGGUAAACAUAAAAUAUAGCUAUGCAGAAGACUUUUGAACAAGUGUGUCUUCCUUUUCUCCUUGCAUCAUACAAUGACCUGGCUGAUCUGGAAGCGAAGAUUGCUGUCUGAGGGUGGUCUUGUUCUCUUUGAUUGCGUUGCAAAGACUGGUCUUACACAGCUUUUUCUACUUUUAAUACUGGCAAGAUCAGUUAAUAGGGUUAGGUGCAUUGGAACUGUCUUUAGCCAAGACCAAAGAAAUGGAUGUCAUCAUCACCUGCAGAACUUAUGCAGGUCCAGGCCUUGGUUAUUAUACCAAGUGAGAUUAAUUAUUUAAAAGCAAAACAGAGGCUCAACACUCCAACUCCAAAGCUUCAGCUUGUUUUACCAAAAGUUAGCGCUUAUUUGCUGGUCAGGGCCUGACAUAUUUGGCUGUUUUAUAUCCUUUUGAAUCAGAAUUUUGUGAUGGCUUAAGGAAUAUCUGGAAAUGAAAGCGAUCCUGUUUGAAGUCUAGAUUUCAGUGAGCUAUGGUGCUGCUUACACAAUUGAGUUGUCAGUGGGAGAAGCCAUGAAAAGGCUGCUGAAAUAAACUACAACCUAAUUUGUAGAGAUCAUUUUGAGGAAACAUUUCAUUGAAGAAUUUUCCAUGAAGAGUGUUUUACACGGAAAAUUAUCAUCUUGUGGCAGCACUUGUGGUGUCAGUUAACUUGCCAGUUAAAAUACCCCUGCCCCUAAUACAUAUAUAUAUAUAUAUUAGAUGGCAUGAUGAAAAUUUGAGCAAAAGGGUGUUCAGUUCAGAUGUGACUCAGAAGUGAGGGAUGAACAUGGCCACCAAGUCCCCUUCCUACAGAAAAAUAUACAUGUAAAGACUUUCUCGUGUAUUUUUCGCUGUAAAUAAUAUAGUUUUAUGUCCAAGGAUUUUGGCAAGUCAGGAUUUUGGCAUCAGAAUGCUUUGUUGAAAAUUAGCUAAUUUGGGCUUAUGAUUUUCCAAAGUUGAAACUAUACAUUUCACUAUGCCAUCAAGCGUCAGUGAGUGUGUGAUAUUUUGUCUUCAUAAGCGCAGAGUUUACCCUACUACUCCUUUUUUGGAAGGCUUUUUUUGUUACUUACUCGUGACUAAAUAUGCCAAUGCAAUGAACUUUGGUGGUUUUACAUUUGUUAUAAUUGUGACGUUGUUUGGGGGUCUUUUGGUGCGAGUUCGAAAAUUUGUCUUGUCAAAAAUAUGCCAAUGCAAUGAACUUUGGUGGUUUUUACAUUUGUUUAUAAUUGUGACGUUUGGGAGUCUUUUGGUGCGAGUUCGAAAAUUUGUCUGUCCAGCAUUGGACAAAGCACCAUGUCCCAUUUUGGACCAGUCUUGUGCUGCCUUUCUUUUCAAAAUGGAAAACUGUGCGCAUGUAUGUAACAAAUUAAGUGGAAACUGUAUUUAUGGCAUUCUCAUCCUUACUGUCAUUGCUAGACUUUAAAGUAGCAUUCUUUAACAAUCCAAUACAGUGUAUGUCUCCAAAAUUGUCAAUAUUCCACUGAACAUUUACUGACAGAUUACAGAAUACAUUUAUACAACUUGUUUAACAUAUAGUUUGUUUUAAACAUUUUGUCCAUAACUAACCUUUUCCAUUUGCAUGCAUGAAUUCACUGUGUGAUUGUCUACCACAUAAAGAGGGCUAUGAAGUUAUACAAUUGUUAGUUUCUUGAUGCAAUACUUUUAGUAUAAUGAAGUAGAACCUAAGAAAUAGCCAGUAGGUUUUUUUCUUAGAAUCAAAUGAAAGGGUUGAUUACUUUUGAAAGAUAGUGACUAUUGACAAGUGGUUUUCAAAGAUGAAACAAUCGCUAAUGCAAAAUUUCAAGCUUCCCAGUUUUUUUGUGGUAGACAGUUGCAUACUUGUUUUACAAACAGUUAUUGCAGUUUUACAAUUGUUUAUUUCCAGGCAUGUGUCCAUGAUAUAAGAAAAAGAUCAUAGCAUUGAGAAUUGUACAGAAAAAAAAAAUUGAAAAGGAAUACAUACCUUAAAACAGGAUAAAAUUGUAAAAAAUUGUAAAAAAAGAAAAUCUUCCACAAAAAUCAUGGACCUACCCUGGGUAUAUUAAUUGAUUUCAUACUUGUAAUUUAUUUGACAUGACCUUUUAAUUUCACCCAAAAUACUUCAUUUGAAAAAUAUAUUUCUAACAAUUGUGGUUUCACAUGAAUAUUUAUUUAUUGAACGAACUUUCAUAUUGCAUUUUUCUAUUCAUAUUUCCAUUUGUUCAACUGUUUUGCUUCACUGUCAGUCAUAAAUUGUGUACCACCUUCUUAAGAUACAAUUUGAUAUUUUGCCACAUCUAUCUUUCUCUGAAGAUAGAGCUAGACAAGUCCAUUCAUCCAAAAAGGUUGUUAUUGGUCUUACACUGAUUUAUUGACUGUACUGCUGAAUGCAGUUCAGUGCUCUAAACAUGCAUGUGAAAUAGGUUGAGCGCCCUCUAGUGAUAUAAAGCAUUCAACUCUGAAAGUGAGAGAAAGGAAAAUUUUCAUCGGUCCAUAUUUCUGGAAUGGACCAGUAGAGGGCGGUUUUCAGUGAAAAACACAUUGAUGUAAACAGUGAAGCAAAUCAUUUGCCGCUUAGUCAAGAUACUUUUAGUAAUUUGUACAGUUUUGUAAUAAUUAUUUGAAUUGAAAAAAAGUGACCAAAGACAUUCACUUCUGCUUAAAUAACCAAAUGGAUCGUUACAGUGCAUGCUGUUGGGCAGCAAUGUUGCCAAAUAAAACCGGCUUGAAACUGAAAGAGAAAAAAAGAUGAUUUUUUUUUCAAGGUACGAAGUGUUUAUGUUACCGUGAACUGGUCACGCAUUUUUUUGUGCUGUUGUGCCAACACUUCCUCAGCACACGCACGUGCCUAUACAAGUACGCAAUAUAAAAUAACAAAUUACCAUCCCAACCCGAGUGAACGCAUGGCUUGAUGGAUAAGGCGUUGAUGGACCGACGGCCCAGUGACCCGAGUUCAAGAUGCAGCCAUGCAUGGCGUAAAAAAAAAAAA